AUGGAUGAACACACGUUACGAUAUGAAAAAAUUGAUUUCUUGGGAGAAGGGCAGUUUGCCACUGUUUACAAAGCAAGAGAUGUAAAAACGGAUAAAAUUGUUGCUGUUAAGAAAAUUAAAAUUGGCUCGCGCCUUGAAGCACAAGAUGGAAUUAACAGGACUGCCCUUAGAGAAAUAAAAUUGUUGCAAGAAUUACAACAUAUUAAUUUGAUAGGGUUAUUAGAUGUAUUUGGCCAAAAAUCUAAUGUAUCGCUAGUUUUUGAUUUCAUGGACACUGAUUUAGAAAUAUUAGUUAAGGAUAACAAUAUUGUACUGACACCAGCUAAUGUUAAGGCUUAUAUGAUUAUGACUCUCAAAGGUUUAGAAUAUUUGCACCAGAAUUGGAUAUUACAUAGAGAUCUAAAACCAAAUAACUUGCUUAUAAACAGAGAGGGAAUCCUUAAAAUUGGUGAUUUUGGUCUUGCAAAGGCAUUUGGUUCCCCCACUAGGAUAAACACACAUCAAGUUGUAACAAGGUGGUACAGGUCACCAGAAUUAUUAUUUGGGGCUCGGCAAUACGGAACAGGAGUGGACAUGUGGGCUAUAGGCUGCAUAUUAGCGGAAUUAUUGCUAAGAGUGCCUUUCUUGCCAGGUGAAUCAGACUUAGACCAAUUAUCACGUAUUUUCCAAGUAUUUGGGACUCCCAAUGAAGAAAUUUGGCCUGGGAUGAAGGGGUUAACAGACUACGUUCAGUUCAAACAGUUCCCACCGCAGCAGUUAAGACAUAUAUUCAGCGCAGCAUCAGAUGACCUUAUUCAACUGCUGGAUAGCUUGUUAGCCAUUUAUCCACCCAAGAGGUGUGACUGCACACAAGCAUUACAAAUGCCGUAUUUCAGCAAUAAACCAGCACCAACUGUUGGGUCCAAGCUACCAAUGCCUUCAAAUGUUACGAAAACAGAGACCGACAAGCCCUCGCUCAAGAGAAAACUAUUGGAAAACAUUGAUGGUGGCUCUUUGGCAAAAAGACUUCAAUUUUAG